AUGAGCCGUUGGCCAUGCCCAAACACAGUCGACUGCUUUGUCUCAAGGCCUACCGAGAAAACUGUGUUUAUCAUCUUCAUGUUAGCCGUGGCCUGCGUCUCGCUUUUCCUCAACUUUGUGGAAAUCAGCCAUUUGGGUUUGAAAAAGAUCCACUUUGUGUUCCGUAAACCCGUGCGGCCGCAAGUUGAGGGACCAGGAGUGUCCGAGAAGGCCUUGCCUUCCAUAGCGUCCUCCUCCAUCCAGAAAGCCAAAGGUUAUAAGUUGCUGGAGGAGGACAAAGCCAUGUCGCACUUCUUCCCCCUGACUGAGGUACGGGGAAUGGAGGCUGGGCGGCUGCCAGCUCCGUACGAGCCAUUUGAGGAGAAAACGGACGAGGCGAACAAACCUAAGAAAGACGUGUCUAAGGUGUAUGAUGAAACACUGCCCUCCUAUGCCCAGAUGACCGUGAUAGGACCAAGCGCAGCAGCAGGAGUUGUAAGCAGGGAUGAAGAAGAGGACGAGUUGGCCAUCGAAGCAGAUGUGGAAGCCAGCGAGACGAUAGAAGACACGAGACCACUCAGCAGCCUGAGCAAGGCCAGCAGUCGGGCAAGGUCAGAUGACUUGACGGUAUAAAUAAUAUAGAACUGGAUUAGAAGUGCAGCAGUGUAAUUUGUAGUUUUUUGGGAAAGUGUAGAAAGUAAAAAUAAGAGAGAGAGCGAGAAAGAAAGAUGUGCCUUUCAUCAACUGUGGCAACACUUAUAAUACCAGCUCUUUAUUUUGAGGAAGAAACCGAUUUGAAAAAAAUAAUGCUGUG